GUCCUCGUUUAUAUCAUAAGUUUAGGCCAGUAGAAUUUAAACGCUUCAAAUGAUAAUGGCAGUCAGUAUUGUAUUAUACGUAAAUAUUUUCCUAGCAAGCAUUUUUUAUUUUGUUCAUUGUGAUGGAACGUAUUGUGACAAGUACCAGUGUGAAUACAGUUUAUUCAAGAAAGUUAUUGAGUUGGAAAGCAAGCUUGAUUCUUUGGAAUUUAGAUUAGAAGAAAAUCGUAAGGAAUCGGAAAACGCUCCUAGAAGCGGCGGAUCAACCUAUGUACGAUGGGGACGAACGACAUGUAGAGGAGAUUCAAAGGAAGUUUACAAUGGAUAUGCCGCGGGGUCGCAGUACAGGCAGUCUGGUGGAGCAGCUAAUGCCCUUUGCCUUACAAAGUCACCUAAAUGGGGACGAUAUACAUCAAAGGUAGAAUCAGGCGGCGCCUAUAUUUACGGGGCUGAAUAUAGUGUGUACAUGUACACGGACUGGACGUACUUGCAUGACCAUGACGUACCUUGUGUGGUUUGCCAAGUUCCACGAAGUGAUAUUUUGAUGGUUCCUGGCAGUAACAUUUGCCCAACAGGAUACAAGUUCGAAUACAAUGUCUAUCUAAUGGCUGGACAUUACGGAAAGUCUGCUGCUUCUGAAUACCUCUGCGUAGAUUCUCUUCCGGAGAAAUUAUAUGGUGGCGACGGAGAUAAGAACGCAAAAUUAUUUAGUUUUGUUCAAGCUAAGUGUGGUUCUCUUAAAUGUCCACCGUAUGUAAAUGGACAGGAACUUACUUGUGCUCUAUGCUCACGCUAGCCUUUUUAUGAUUGUAUAGUGCUUAGGAAACAUAAGGAAGUACUCUAAUUUUUGAACCUCUUAUGUAUCUAACCGUUUUCAUGUUAACGUUUAUUACAAUCAAACGAAAAAAAACUGCUCUGAUUCGUUUAUAAAAAUCAGAUGUAAUCUCUAUUGUUACACUUUCUUGAAAAUGUCAUAUUUGAUAAAACUAUUUUGCUAAAAAUGUAAACCAUUAUAAACAGUUUUGUAUUUGUGCAGAGAAUACGCAAAUUUGAAAGCUAUUUAUUUUAUAAAAUAUAUUCUAUUAAA